CCAGUCCCCGAACGUAGCCGCGGUCAAGGGAUGAAUGUUUUGUCUAACAAAGGUAUGGAAUAAUAGUAUAGCUCUCCUUAAAAAGAAAUAGUUGUAGCGGCACUCAACAGUAAACAUUCCAACUGUUUCUGACCCGUGGCUCGCUACACACAGACCUAUUCUUCGGGUAAAAUGGGUACCAUAUGUCGACGAAUCUCCACAGUACAUGUUUAGCUAGCCUGAGGGUCCGUUAUAAAUCUUAAGAUUUAGUUAACUAAAUCAUAAGUCCUUCAAACAGACAAACAGUCUUUGUCCCAACUACGGGAAGAUAGGGGAAAUCUAUUUUUUUUUUCACAAAUGACGCUUCCCGUUAGAAACUUCCCUCACUUUCCGAUCGAACGCUUUUCUUCACAAAUCCGAUGAUCUCGUGCCCUUAGACACACUCCAUCAUAGUUCUUCUCCACAGCGUCACCGUGACGGAGAGACACUCUCUCGUACGAUCUCAUCAACGAUUUAAGUAACGAUUUAAGUUACGAGCAGUAAUUACUCCACGUUUUAACAUAGUGUCCAACUUAGACUUCGACGGAAAUUCGCUAUCCUGUUGACCGCGGGUUCGUUAUCGAACCUGAGGACGUUGUCAUUAGUGUCGCGAGUGCCUAAUCACUGCGGUUAAAUGUCCACACUAUAAUAUCUCUACUUGUGUUAAUAAACUUUACCUUUGUUGUACCGCACCGAUGGCUAAUUCCAGUGAAGAUUCAUUAAACGCCCCUAACCCCAGUCCUAAUGUAAAUCCGACACAUAUUUAAGAGAGUAAGGGUAAAGAGCAUGGACCAGAAAGUCUAAUCACAGAUACAUAAUAAGACAUGUGAAAUGUUGGGUUUCUUGAAAAUUAAAUGUUAUAGAUACUAUUGAUACAGCAAAUCAUUCACAGGUGAAAGUCUGUAUUGAGAAAGAUUGAGAGAACAGUCCCAAAAAACAAAAGAAAGAGAUAUGUCUAGAUAACAGGGGGUAUCUUCAUUACAUUAUAUCAACUAGAUUCCUGUUCCUGUUUAUUAUUGAAAUGCAGACUUUGGAGGAACUAGGCAUAUGAUGGGUUCAUGAAGACCAUUUCCACCACAAUUUAUUUUGCCAGAUAUGUAUAGAUUAUGUCCGCCUCCAAAUCCUAGAUUUAGGCCAAUAUAUUAAUGGAAGAUGUAUAAUGAAUGGAGAAUUAAUGUUUUAUUGUACAAUACAUGAACGUAUAGUAUUUGCUGCAUCAAAUAUUAGAUAUUGUACAAAGAUUAAACAUUCUUCAAGAUAUCCUAGUCAAAUAGAUGCUUCUAACGACUGAACUGUUUACCUUCAUCUGUCUUCGAGGCGUCGCGCACACACUUCCACACACUGAUACUCGCAUACAAGUAUUCUUACUGCGCGUUUAACUUAGUCCAGCACAGAAAAUUAUACAUAUCUCAACAUACUGUUCCCCUAAUAUGAACAGACAGGAGUUCGACGGCUAUAUAACGGAACUGGAGGAAGCCAUAAAGGAUGGCAGGAGAAGAGCCCAGGCGCUAGUGGCUGGCGACUUUAAUGUGAAGUCCACUGCCUGGGGAGGAAGGAGGACAGAGUCGAGGGGGACGUAUCUGCUCGAUGCAAUUACGAAAAACGAGCUGAUGCCGAUUAGGACGACGGGAGCAUACUCCUUUGCCAGGAAUGGAAAAACAAGCAUCCCUGACAUUUUGUGUGUGAGCAGACGAAUGAGGCAGAGUUGGGAAAAGAGUGCCGUUUUGGAUUGGUACUCUGCCUCUGAUCAUAGUUAUUUAUUUCACGUAUUUUUAAUGAAUAGGAAGAGACAGAUCGGGGGUAGUUUUAAUUUUAAAUACUCGACUAGGAAUGCUGAUGAGGGUAAAUUCCUGAGCAGAUUUGAUGGAUAUUUUAAUUUUCUGGACAAUGACGACGCGAAACACGGCGACCAAUUCCAGGAACGACUGGAACGUACGUGUGCCGAUGAAUUGAAGAGGAUUCUACCGCCUCGUGGGAGAAGAAAUUGUAAUUAUUGGUGGAACGACGAGUUGUCCGAGUUGAGAAGGGCAACUCUAAGAUCGAGAAGAAAAGCUCAGCGGGAAGUAGCAGCUGGUAGAGACAACGGUGGCCUGGUAAACGAAUUUAAGGAGGCCACGAAGAGGUUGAAAAGAGCGAUCGAGCGCAGCAAGGACGAGAAGUGGAAGGAGUUCUGUGCAACCUUGGAACAGGAUUCCUGAGGGAAGCCGUAUCGGGUAAUAAGAGUCAAAAUGACACGUAACGGUCCACCGGAGUGUCUUAGCAGGGACAGGGUUGCGAGGAUUCUCGAUGACCUUUCCGUCACUAGUCGAACGGAGCAGUUGGAGGAUGGCCAUAGUUCUCGCAUCCUGCAGAUGCAAGGAGAGGAGUUACGGGACCUGCGGUCGGCAUUGGAGAGUUGUGACCCGAAAAAAGCUGCGGGUCUGGAAGGGGUGCCUGAACUGAUCGUCAAGAUUGUAGGGAAACAACGGCCUGUGCGGCUCCUGGACCUAUUUAAUAGCAUAUACAGGGCCGGACGGAUCCCGGCGAUGUGGAAGGUGGCGAGGGUAGUUCUUUUACCAAAAGCGGCAAGAGAUCCGCUGUUGUCAUCUUAAUAUAGGUCGAUCAGCAUACUGCUAGCCAUGAGCAAGGUCUGGGAGCAUACGUGCAAGAUCCAUAUAGAAAAGUGCCUAGGGAGGGACCCCUUCCAUAGGGGACAAUAUCGAUUUAGGAGACGCAAGAGCACGAUCGACGCAUUGAGCAGAGUUUGUGGAAUUGUGGAUCUAUGCCGGAAGAGAGGACUGGUCUGCGUUUUGGUCGCCUUGGACAUCAAGAAUGUCUUCAACACAUUGAGUUGGAAGAGGAUUCUCGUGGAGGCUGAAAAAAGGCGUUUACCGGGCCAGCUGCUAGGAAUUUUAGACGAAUAUCUUUCGAAUAGGAGAAUAAUUGCCUACUGCCGAGAUGGAGAAGUUAAGAGGAACGUAUAUGCGUUUAUUACGAUGCGGGAGUGACAGGAGAUCGGGGACAGGGUCCGCGGACUGGUCAGGCUGGUCACUGAUUGGUGUAAGGACACAAGGCUUUAACUGGCAUUGGUCAUAAGUCAUCCUGCUUACCGGGAAGCGCGUUCCAAAAAUUUUUAAUUUGGGCGUGGGUGGUAGAGAGAUCACCACCAAAAAUUCGACGAAAUUUAUGAUAACAUAUUUAGUGGAAACACGCGUAGACGAUGCGGAGCAUGCGUUGUUACAGUGCCCUAAGUGGAUCCUCGAUAGGGCCGAACUGGAGAGCUGUGUUGGCAUUGAUGACGGGAAAUAUUAUUGAGGAGAUAAUUAAGAAAGAGGACAACUGGAAUAAGUUCCAGGCAUUAUGCAAAAGAAUUAUGACGGCGAGACAUAAACAGGAAAUGGACGUAGAAAGGAGGAGAAGAAUAAGAGCUAACAGAAAUAGUAAUUGAUAAAAUGUAGCGAUAGGGUAUAAGUUAGGGCCAACCCAGAAGUAAUGCCGAAAGGCAAUUCCGGGAUUGGUACCUGUACCAUAAGAAGAGCGGAAAGAGGAGGGGUUUUUAGUGGGUAUGGCGACCGUCCCACUUAACCCAAUGACGCGGGCACUGGGUAUGCAUAAUUGCAUUUUCCCCUCCUCGCGAAAAAAGAAAAAGAAAAAAAGGCCCCACGCCGCAGUCGAGAACGGAACACAACCAUGCAACGGAAAAGGGAAAGAAAUGAUUCAUGUUUGCCGAGUUCGAUGUACUAUUGCUUCGAGGUACCGAAGUAACAGUUCGAUGAACAGUUUAAUUGUGCGACCGCGAGACCAAUUUGAUACCUUUGUCGAAUGGACAGCUAAUGCAUUGUGAAGUCUCCAAAGUCCACAACGCCAAGUUGUUGUUCAAUUUAAGAUACAUAGGCUUUUGUUGAAAGCAGGAACGGUAUUGGAACGUUUCGAUAGUACCUUUCUAGGGCAAACAUUGAAUCGUGGAAACGAAAACCACGUCUACGCAAAGAGUACAGGAGAGAAAUUCCUAGCAUCGAAAAUAAUUAUGUAUUUAUUAGAAAUAAAAAUAUUGUGAUGAUGUUUAGUACAAUAUAAUAUUAGUAAGUAUUAAUUUAUAAUAAAAGUACAUAAUGUUAGGAUUACUGCACCAGAUUACGUGUAGUUUUGAGGUGGAUAUAUCGGUAGGUGAUAGUAUUGCUGCUGGUGUAUAGGUCGCUGUGAGGUACUACUGUUUUCUUUUUCUUCAGGUGUCGUGGAAGAAAAAUCGGACUACCAGUGCUGGGAUUUGAACCUGGGUCUUGAAAGUUCGUAACCAACGGCACUAACCACGGCUCUACCUUCCUUCAUUUCAAAGGAAGCUUAGUCGGUCACUGUAUAAGAAUGACCCUGCAUAAAUUGUUUGUCCCUUGACAAGUUUAGACAAAUGGAGUUUUGCUGUAUCAGAAAACAUAGUGCACGAUAUCAAUGGAUAAGAAAAAAAGCGACAUUAAAUGAUGCUAUUGAGGUGUAUAGGUCGUCCGUAAUAGGUGCGGCUGCCUAGUGUAGAGGCCGCUGGCUGAGAUAGGUUCGGUGGCCGGUGCAGAUGUUGCUGCUGGGGUACUGCUGUUUUUCUUCCAUUUUUAAUGCGUAGAAGAAAAAUCGGACUCCAGUGGUCGCUGGGGGAUUCCAACCCGGAUUCCGAACGUUCGUAACCUAAGGCGCUAACCACUGUGCUGCCGUCGUCUGACACUAGUUAGUGUCGAGUGGUGGUCUUUGCUGUCGAGUGCCGCCAUACUAUUAUUACAACUAUGAGACCAGUCAAGACACUUUAAAAAUCACAUGAUUGAUUUCUUGAGCGACGAAGAUACAUGAUAGCAGUAGCAAUGGACCAAAUCGAGAAAUCGAUAGCGAAUAGUUUUUGCCGCUAGAAAACAACGUUACAAAAUUACACAUUUCAUUUACUACC